GAGCAACAAGCCCGGAGUGAAUAUACAGCAGAGCAGACGAAGAUGGUGAUUUUCGCGGAAAAUGAAAAUAUACUUCGUGUCGAAAUUUCCACAUAAAUAGGCAAAGAAAAUUUUUAUGUUUCAAGUAUAAGUUGAUUUUGCCUCGCGUUUGAUUCAAGUGAAGUGCGGACAAUUCACUUGUAAAUGUUUGAUUGACUGAGCUUUAAUUUUCCCGGGAUAAAAAAUAAUAAUAAUUAUUAUUAAGUGAAAAUGGCAAGAGCGAUAGCUCCUUUGCACAAUGCUGUCUCUAUAAAAACCAUCGAAGUCCCUCAGGCAUUAAUAAACGGGGAAAAUCUGAACGCGAUCCGACAGGAGACUGGAGUGGUGGGAACACCCGUAACGUUACGAGUGGAUCCGCACGGUUUUUACUUGUACUGGGUGGAUCAAAAUCACGAAAUGGAUCUGCUGGAUAUUUCGAAUAUAAGGGACACGCGUACAGGACGAUACGCCAAAAUUCCAAAGGACGCCAGAUUCCGCCAAGUCGUCACGAUGGGUUCGCAGGAUACCCUGGAAGAAAAAACCGUUACGGUGGCCGUGGGCAACGACUUCGUCAAUCUGACUUUCGUAAAUUUUUGCUGCACCAAAAAGGAUAUCGCUCAACUAUGGACCGAUGCUCUCAUGUCGCUGGCCUACAAUCUGAAUCAGAUUAACGGUACGACGCAGGUUUACCUGUUGAAAGCUUAUACCAAGCUGACUUUGUUGACUGAUAAAAGUGGAAAGAUACCUGUUAAAAACAUUAUAAAGAUGUGCGCACAAAGUCGGGACGACAAAAAAAGACUGGAAACGGUGCUGAGCGGAUUAGGCCUGCCCUACGGAAAAAACGACAGCAUCAAUCCGGCCAAGUUCACGUUCGAGGAUUUUUUCCGAUUUUACAUGCAGCUGACUCAACGGUCCGAAGUCGAGAGGGUAUUUAACGAAUAUGUCGGUACGAAAAAGUACAUGUCAGCCGAACAAUUCGUCGAAUUUCUGAACAAAACUCAAAGAGAUCCAAGACUAAACGAAAUUUUGCACCCUUACGCCGACACUGCGAGAGCUAGAGACGUGAUAGAGCAGCACGAGCCCAACAAGUACAUGUCCCAAAAGGGACAGCUCAGUUUCAAUGGGUUCCUCAGGUAUCUGUUGUCAGAGGACAAUAACAUCAUUGCCCCUACUAAGUUUGACCUUAGUGACGAUAUGGAUCAACCAUUGGCUCACUAUUUCAUAAAUUCAUCGCACAAUACAUAUCUGAGUGGUCAUCAGCUUACUGGACGAAGCAGUGCUGAAAUGUACCGACAAUGUCUGUUAGCUGGCUGUAGAUGUGUCGAGUUGGACUUUUGGAAUGGCAAAACCGAAGAACCUGUCAUCGUGCACGGUUACACUUUCGUACCUGAAAUAUCGGCCAAAGAAGUGCUGGAAGCGAUAGCCGAAACCGCUUUCAAAACGUCAGAUUAUCCUGUAGUGCUCUCGUUCGAGAACCACUGCAACCCCAGGCAACAAACGAAAAUUGCCAAUUAUUGUAAGGAGAUUUUCGGUGAUAUGCUUUUGGAGGCACCGUUGGAAAGUCAUAAACUAGAACCAGGUGCCUCACUUCCUCCACCCUCGAUGCUGAAGCGUAAAAUUAUAAUUAAAAAUAAAAAGAAACACCAUCAUCAUCACCAUCAUCAUAAAAGAAAUCCGGCACCGGUGGCUCCGGUUUUAGACCAAAAUUCAUCGGACCAACAAACUGGUAAUGGGGACGUUCAACCGCAUCCACCACCAUUGUCACAAGCUAGACAGAGCUCAAAAGAUUCCACGGGUACCGAGGACGAAGAAUCGAGUACGGACGAAGAACCUGAAACAAUGGAAGGCGAAGCCCCGCAAAAUAAAAGUACCGAAAGUGGCGGCGUCGAACCGAAACCUCCGACCACUGAAACCGAAGCUGGAGCCGAAAUAUCGGCUUUGGUUAACUACGUGCAGCCGGUGCAUUUUUCCAGUUUUGAAAAUGCUAAAAAAAAAAAUCGCUCCUACGAAAUGUCUUCAUUCGAUGAACGUCAAGCUACCGCUCUAUUAAAAGAAUACCCCAUACAAUUCGUUAACUACAACAAACAUCAGCUAAGCAGAGUAUAUCCUGCAGGAACCAGAUUCGAUUCGUCAAAUUUCAUGCCGCAAGUAUUCUGGAAUGCCGGCUGUCAAUUGGUGGCGUUGAAUUUCCAAACGCUCGAUUUGGCUAUGCAGCUGAACCUGGGCAUAUUCGAAUACAAUUUCCGAUGUGGCUAUUUACUUAAGCCUGAAUUCAUGAGACGCACAGACCGUAGAUUUUAUCCGUUCGCCGAAGCGACAGUCGAUGGUAUUGUAGCAGGCACUGUCAGAAUUCAAGUUUUAUCCGGUCAAUUUUUAACCGACAAACGUGUAGGCACUUACGUCGAAGUAGAAAUGUACGGUCUGCCAGCUGACACCGUAAGAAAACGCUUCAAAACCAAAGUGGUACCGAAUAAUGGCAUAAAUCCAGUUUACGACGAUGAACCGUUUGUUUUCAAAAAAGUCGUUUUACCGGAUUUAGCGUCAAUCAGGAUAGUUGCCUAUGAAGAAGGCGGUAGGUUUAUUGGACACAGGAUUUUGCCUGUUAUGGGAUUGUGUCCUGGUUAUCGACACGUGAACUUAAGGAAUGAAUUAGGCCAACCCCUACCUCUGGCUACGUUAUUUCUUCACGUAGUCGUCAAAGACUACGUCCCCGACGGUUUAUCGGAAUUUGCGGACGCCUUGGCCAAUCCUAUUAAGUAUCAGAGCGAUUUGGAAAAACGAACUUAUCAAUUGGCUGUGUUAACUGAAGGGUUAGAGCUUACAGAACAAGAGGAACAAAAAAAGAACAGUCUUGGAAGGAAUAUCAAAGAACAAGUUAACGGAAGUCCUGGUCAACGCCCCUCGAUACCAAUAGGAAGUUCAAUAGGUGGUUCCACAUCAAUUGAGUUGGUAACUAACGAAAGCAUAACGGGAAACGUAACGACCUCAUUAACGGUUCACCAUAUCGGUCCGAAUACUAAUCCGGACACCAACUCUUUAAAUCGGCCAGUCGAAGUGAAAAUUGAGGAAAAAAUCGAGGAAAUUGUUGCGGAUUCAUUGGACAAGAUUUUGGAGAAUAAACUAGUCAAAGAGAAAAAGUUGGAACUUGAUAAGAAAUUGGAAGCUCUCCGGAAAAAACACGAAAAGAAAAAACAAACAUUGGUGUCGCAAAAAAGCGGCGACUUUUCUGAAAAACGGUCAAAAUUAAUUAACAUGAAGUUGGUUAAAAGACUCUCCAGUAAAAACAUCCUGUUUACCAGCGUGAGCGGCGUCUUUUCCACUGAAUCUCCAAGCGCAGAACCGCUGACUUCAGUAGCGGACGAAGCAGAAGGUGCUACAAGUACCUGCGCAGACCCGUCAGAACGCGGGCUGCCGCGCAGCCAAUCGGAACGUCUCUUGGCCAUCAGCAAGGAGUUUAUGACGCAAGAAAAGGAGCUGCGCGAACGGUUCCACGAUUCGAUUUUCAAUACCGCCGAAAAAGUGAUGAAGCAGAGUCAGAAUAAUCAAGUGAAAGCUUUAAAGGAUCAGUUUGACAAGGAAACAUCGGAACUGAUGCGAAAGUUACAGCAAGACCACAGGGACGAAGUGAAACUGUUGGCGAAAAAGCAUAGGAAUCGAGAACAAUUUACAAGAGUGAAAAGGGAAGCGGUAUCGGCCGUUGUGGAUCGAGGCGUGUCGGAGAGGGAAAAACUGAGUCGGCUUUUCGAUUCGAGGAAAGAGGAGCUCGAGAAAAAACAUGAGGCUGUUAGGGAACAAUUCCAGGAACAUAAAGAAAAAGCUCGAAUCGCUCUCCAAAAAGAAUUCGAAACCCGCCUAGCACGAGCCGACGAAAUGUCGAAUGACGUAGAAGACGCACCAUUGAAACCGGCUGAAACUGGAGCACCCAUGCGCAAAAAACCGUUUGCGCACAAUUCAAGACUACUUUCCCUGUACAAAUAAUAUAUUGAAGCAAAAUAGAGCUGUCAGUUGUUAUGAUCCAAUAAAAUACUCAAAAACUCAUUUUACGAAUAUUUAUUUGUUAUUAGGUACGCGUUGUUAACGUGUUACAUCAUAUUAUUAUAAUAUGCAGAAAUUGUGAUUUUAGUUUUUAAAAUUAUUUUUACAUAGAGACUGAAAGGCUUUUUUAAUUUGUUUAUAUUACUUUAGAUCCAACAUCUAUGUAUACGUCAUUUAGUUUUGAUCUAAAAGAAUUAUUGUUUUCUUUUUCUUAAAACCCCUUAAUUAAUUAAUAAUAAAUUUGAAAAUAGUAUCCCGUUGCUAAAUAAGGUUUGCGGUUAAUGUAAAUGGUUGUUAUAGUGAAAAAAAAUAUUUAGUUAGAUCAGUUGAAAGUUGAUAAUGAAAACUUAUUGUCGAUGCGAGAGUGUAAAACCAUAUAAAUUUACACUCUCUCAAUUGUAUAAUAAGAAAGUUAUGCAAUAUAGAAAUGUAGACCUAUUAAUUUAAAAAAAAAAAACGGCCUAUUGUUAGCUUUUCCUUAUAUUUUAAGCGCCUUUCGAUUAUCUUACAGUGUAAAUUAUUACCUGAUGAGAAACUUAAGUCCACUACCCAGAUCUCAGUUUUUAGUUAAAAGCAAAAACUCUCAGGUUCUCUUUGUCAAAAGUUACCCAAGCAUCUAGUCAUCUAUACUUUUGACAAAGUGCAAUGCAAUAAAUUAUUGGUAAGCUUUAUUAAAAAUGUUACAGUAUUUUAAUUUUUAAAUUAUAGAUUCUUAUGUUAUUAGUUUUAUCUCUUGUACAUUCCAAAAAUAUGUUAUUUUCUGAUUAACAUAAUAUACCAAAGUAUUUUUUUUUUUUUUAAUUCUUGUCAAGAUUUGAUAUUUUUUUUUUUAGUUAACUUCUUUGUAUUUUCCAACUCGUGCCUUUGCUAAUUUUACUGUUCUUUAUAUUCGUCUAAAAAAUGUACAUGUGUUUCAUAAUGAUGUUAAUGUCUAAAAUAGAUUUUAUGUGCUGAAUUAAUAAUUUGUUUUAUUUUCUCUUUUAACUUUUUGGAUCCUCUCACACAUAGAUGAAACUGGAUAAAGUCGGAAUCAAGGACGACUCCGAAAACCACAAACUUGGAUAAGUAUUUUGAUUAUCGAUUAUGAACCCCUUACUUUGAAGCUUAAAGGACCCCGCACCAAUCUUAUGAAAAAUGACUUUCGGUGAAAUUAUCUGAAAUUUGGAUAUGUUGUUCUCCUGAACAUUCUAAACAAAAAAUUUUCAUUGACACAAAAAAAUCCAACGAGCCAUUUCCAUAAGAUUGGUGCGGAGUCCUUUGAUGAGAUUUCAUUAGUGCAAGCCGCAUUUGGAACUGUUUUGCCGCAACAACUAAAGAAAAGAGUAGGUACCUUAAGGUCACUCAAAAAUAUAUAAGUAGCUAGGUAUGGUAUAUUAUGUGAGCUACUAACGAUUUCAUCAAAAUCCAUCCACUAAGUAGAAAAUAAAUUAUGUUCUUAAAAGUUUCUAGAUUUACAUAGGUACAUAGAUGUAAUCUCUGCAUGCUUCACAAAAUAUUGAUGACACCGCUCAAACCUUAUGGAAAAGAGAUAUAUGUAGGAAAUCCCUGAAUUUUUCAUAUUCUUUUUAGAGGAAAUCUUCCUAAUUAAAAGUUACCAUUGCACUAGAGUCCAAUAUUAAUCAAUAGUUCCGAAGAUAUUGGCCAAUGAUGCUGGAAAAUAAAUACUUAGGUAUUUUAUUUAGUUAUGCCCUAAUUCACUUUUAUUUUCAGAAAACUCUCUUUUUGCAUUUCAAGUAUCUUUAAAUUAAUGCUCUAUUUUUCUGGAUCAUCACAAAUUUAUUAUGGUAACUACAUCAUCAACAAUCAAUAUUUAUUGUCCAUUUUAGUUUCGAGCUUCUAGCUACAAUGAAAAAAAAAUAUAUGAGAGGUGUAUCAACUGCUUUUGCACCAAUAAUUUUGCACAGAAAAAUUUAUAUCAUGCUUACUUUCUUUGGAUGAAUGUUCAACGGAUCAUUUUGAUUGCAGUGAUUACCAAAAAAACUAUUCCGCAAACUUUUGCUACUAAAAAAAUUAAAAAUAUAAUCAUUAGGUAGGUGCAAUGUUGUUAACUUAUUAGGUAGUUACUUUGUACGAUAUCGUUCAUGUUUCACUUGAAAAUUUUGCUGGCUAGAGGAAGUUAUUGUCAUAAUUUCAAUGUUUUGACAGAUGCAUACAACUUUGAUGCAGAUGUCAUUGGUUUGUACUUUUGACAUCGAUGAUGUCAUAAAUUAGAAAAAAAGGUUUGCCUUUUCACAUCCCAUUUCUCCCUGUUUUGAUGUUAUGUUGACCCAAAUUCUCUCCUAAUUUUGUAUAGAUACCUCACCUACGAUCUCCUGCUGUUUGUUUAGGUUUAGUCAAGAAAUGAUAUGAUAAGAUCAAAUGGUGAAUAAUUUAUUUUAUUAACAAGUAUUUCAUCAUUCUACAUCAUUAACAAUCAAAAAUUGUCCCUUUGCUUUUCAAGUUUCUAAAUGGAAAAUAUUAUAUGAGAGGUGUUACUGCUUUUACUCAAAAAAAAAAAAUUAUACUCACGUUUUUGAAAUUUCUUUGGAACGCUCAACGGAUUUCCUUGAGUAGAACGAUUACCAGGACAACUAUUGCGCAAAUUGUUAACACUAA